CACGGCCCAAAGACCAGCCGCCGCCGGCAGAACCCCACGCCGCUCAAUCCAGCCUCCGCCUCGCCGCCGCCGCCGCCUGUGCUGCUCCGGGCGCGCCGCGUCCAUCAGCCAUGCUCGCCCUCGCCCGCGCGCUCCGGAGCCUUGGCCAGGCGGGGGCCAGGCGGGAGGGCCCCCUCCUCGCCUGGCUCUCUUCCUUGAGGUCGGCCGCCUUCUCCUCCUCAUCCGCGCCGCCGGAGUACGACAUGCCGUCGGUGACAUGGGGCGUAAUACAGGGGCGCAAGGAGCGUCUCGUCUCGCGCGUGUUGGCGCUCGACUUCCUCCGCUCCGCGGGCGUCUCCGACCCCGCCGGGGAGCUCGAGGCGGUCGAGCUCCCCUCGUCCCUCGAGGUGCUCCAGGAGCGCCUCGACUUCCUCCUCCGCCUCGGCCUCUCCACCGACGACCUCUCCAACUACCCGCUAUUACUGGCCUGCUCCCUCAGGAAGAACGUCAUCCCCGUCCUCUCCUACCUCGAGAAGCUCGGCGUCACGCGCGCCCGCCUGGCCGCCUUUGUCCGCGCCUACCCGGCCUGCCUCCACGCCUCUGUCGCCGUCGACCUCGCUCCCAUGGUCAAGGCGCUCCGUGGCCUGGACGUCGACCGCCAGGACCUCCCCCGCGUCCUCGAGCGGUACCCCGACGUCCUGGGACUCAAGCCCGACGGCACAAUCAGCACCUCCGUCGCCUACCUUGUCGGCAUCGUCGGCGUGGCGCCACGAGACAUCGGUCCCAUGGUAACGCACUUCCCUUUCUUCCUUGGCAUGAGGGUUGGCACUACCAUCAAGCCGUUCUGCGACUACAUCACCUCCCUCGGGCUGCCCAUGCGGAUCCUGGCGAGGAUCCUAGAGAAGCGACCUUACAUUCUCGGCUAUGAUCUUGAGGAAACGGUCAAACCAAACGUGGAGGCAUUGCUCAGCUUUGGCAUUCAGAAGGAGGCCCUGCCGUUGGUGAUUGCACAGUACCCAUCUAUACUCGGGCUGCCACUGAAAGCGAAGCUAGCGGCACAACAGUACUUCUUCACCUUGAAGCUCCAGAUCGACCCAGAUGGGUUCGCACGUGUGAUUGAGAAGUUGCCACAGCUUGUAAGCUUAAAUCAGAAUGUGAUCUUGAAGCCUGUGGAGUUCCUCCGUGGACGAGGGAUCUCCAAUGAGGAUGUUGCUCGGAUGGUGGUCCGCUGUCCUCAGAUUCUACUGCUGCGGAUCGAGCUCAUGAAGAACAGUUUGUACUUCUUCAAGAGUGAGAUGAAGAGACCAAUGAGUGAAUUGUUAGAAUACCCAGAAUAUUUUACUUACAGCUUGGAGUCAAGAAUCAAGCCUAGGUAUAUGAGAGUUACAAGUCGGGGGAUUAAGUGUAGCUUGGAUUGGUUCUUGAACUGCAGUGAUAUGAGGUUUGAGGACAGGAUGCAAGGGGAUUUUAUAGAAGGGGAUGCACCAGGUCCUUCGUUUACGAUGGGUGGGAAGCUUCAGAUGCCAGGCAGCCAGCUAGUGUCAGAUGAUGACGAGGAUACUGAUGAUGAGGUGCUAUAUAGGAGGACGGUCAUGAUCUAAUUUGGUGGAAGAUAAUCCCAAUGGUCUUUCAUGACAUGUUUCCCUGCAGUAUCAUAUAAACAAGUAAGUACUGGUUUAGUAAUUUGCUUUUUUUCUUGAACAUGUCAAAGGAUAUCUAUUCUAGUUCUGAACUUCUGAUAGUUAGGGCUUGUUUGUUUUAGUUCUGGAUUCUUAAAAGCUAAUUAUAGGUUGUAGGGUAUAAAGGGUCGGACCCUUAAAAGCUGUAAGCCGAAUGAUGUAGCUUGUGGAUUGUGGUGUAGAAAGGAGUUUGAUUGAACCCAUUUGUUUUAGCUUUAGCGUUUGAAACCAGAAUCCACAAACCAAAGCUAAAACAAUCAGGCCCUUACAGCAGGAGAAAUUUACAGGCAAACUAUAAGGUAGAGUGGCUCCAUAGUAGAGAAUUAUAUUAUUAAGGGGCAAUAAGCUGUCGUUAGAAAUGUAUAGAAUAACAAUGUUUGCAACCCUGUUAUUUCGAAAUGGUGCACUGACAUGAAAGUUUACUACACAUUUCAUUAGGCAUGUGAGAGCAGAGAAGAUGUCGAAACUAAGUGUAUAAUGUCAACACCCUUGUGGCAGUUUUUGUACUGUUCAACAGGAUAUAGUCUGGGGUUUUAAUCAUAAAUUAAAUAACUGUACAGGAUUUUGAAGUUGAUUCUAAUUGGUUGCCUAGUUUUUCAAGGUUUAAAGUUUAUACUAUUACUAUCAGCCAAUUGUAUAGUAGUUUGUUUUCAUUUAAAGUAUAAAUACGUUGACUAUGUAGGUAUCCUCACAUGCUAGGUGAUAAGACACCAGAAUAUGAUUGAUGAGUGUUCUCUUGGCACCAGCCGCAGUAGUUUGAGUGCUGCCCUAGCAAAAACUCGGAGGCAUUGAUAACGACUCUGAUGGUACUCGGGCACGACCUUUGAUCAUGUGCCCCAAAGAUGGAAGUGGGAGGUCCAUUGACAACCUAAGCAGGGAAGAGUUUGUAGUAAAACGGAUAUGACGUGCUGCCAAAAAUCUCCUUCCAGCUAAACAGUCGAUUCUUUCAUUGAUUAAUUAAUGCUACUCUAAGGCAGGUCAGGGGGUGAUCAUACAAUAGGAUCAGAUAUUUGUAGCAUGUGACUAUCUACUAUUUGUAACUGAAAUGUCCCACCUACUUUUUCCCUAUUGAAAUAGAACCUCAUGUACAGCUCGAGUGUGUUCC